UAUAGCCGGCCGCCGCAGAGCCGGGGCGGAGUUGCCGCGCCCGCUGCGCCUUCGCGGGUUUCCCCGGAGAGGUCGCCCCCCGGGCGGGCAGGGCAGGGGAAGCACCCCGCUAAAGGCGGCAAGGGUGGUGGUCGUCACUCACCCACCCACCCACCCACCCAGCUGGAAGGGGGGGAAUCCCCGCGUUCGCUGCGCCUUCUUUCCACGAGCAGCACUCCCGACAACAUCCCAUGCCAUGAGUCGCCGAGUGGUUCGCCAAAGCAAGUUCCGGCAUGUCUUCGGACAGCCGGUCAAGGCUGACCAGAUGUACGAGGACAUCCGAGUCUCCAAGGUGACCUGGGACAGUUCCUUUUGUGCCGUCAACCCCAAGUUCCUAGCCAUCAUCGUGGAAUCGGGAGGCGGCGGAGCCUUUAUGGUCCUGCCCUUGAGCAAGAUGGGCCGCGUGGACAAGAACGUUCCUUUGGUGACUGGACAUACGGCCCCCGUGCUGGAUAUCGACUGGUGCCCCCACAACGACAACGUCAUUGCCAGCGCAUCGGAAGACACAACCAUCAUGGUGUGGCAGAUUCCGGAUUUCCUGCCCUUACGAAACCUAACGGAGCCAGUGGUGACCCUGGAAGGGCAUUCCAAGCGGGUGGGCAUCCUAACCUGGCACCCCACGGCCCGCAAUGUCUUACUCAGCGCAGGGGGAGACAACACCAUCAUCGUUUGGAACGUGGGCACUGGGGAGGCCCUCAUCACGCUGGACGACCUACACACCGACGUCAUAUACAACGUGUGUUGGAAUCGCAACGGGAGCCAGAUUGUCACCACCUGCAAGGACAAACAUCUGCGCAUCAUCGACCCACGGCAGCACCUGGUUGUGGCUGAGAGGUUGGCGGCCCACGAAGGGAUGAGGCCCAUGCGCGCCAUCUUUACCCGCGAGGGACAGAUCUUCACCACGGGGUUCACCCGCAUGAGCCAGCGGGAGCUGGGCCUCUGGGACCCGAAAAACUUUGAGGAGCCCAUCGCCCUCCAGGAGAUGGACACCAGCAACGGGGUUCUCCUGCCCUUUUACGACCCUGAUUCCAGCAUAGUCUACCUGUGUGGAAAGGGGGACAGCAGCAUCCGCUACUUCGAGAUCACGGAGGAGGCGCCCUACGUCCACUACCUGAGCACCUACAGCAGCAAGGAGCCCCAGCGCGGAAUGGGCUUCAUGCCCAAACGGGGGCUGGACGUCAGCAAGUGCGAAAUCGCCAGGUUUUACAAGCUGCACGAACGAAAAUGUGAGCCCAUUGUUAUGACUGUACCCCGAAAGUCGGACCUCUUCCAGGAUGACCUGUACCCGGACACCCCUGGUCCCGAGCCGGCCCUGGAGGCGGAUGAAUGGCUGGCAGGGAAAGACGCCGAGCCCCUCCUGGUCUCCCUGCGGGACGGCUACGUCCCCCUCAAGAACCGCGAGCUCAAAGUCAGUAAGAAAAACAUCCUGGACAGCAAGCCCCCGCCCGGCUCACGCAGGAGCCUCUCCAGCUGUGACUCCAAUUUUUCUACCUCCACCCUCGAAGACCUCUUGCAAGAAAUCCGCACUCUGCGCCAAACCAUCCAAGAUCACGAGAAGCGCAUCACUGACCUGGAAAACACCCUCUGCGAACUCGCAGAUGUGACGGACUAGCUUCUUCCGCACCCAGAAUGUUGCCAUCCCGGAGACAGACCGAGCAUCUCCCCCCAUCCAUUUGCUUCUUCUCAGCUCAAUGGGCAUUCGUAGGGGCUGCUCCCCAGUCGCAGGGAAUGGCCCUGCUCUCUUCUCGUCCCUUUCUCUCCAACCUGACUAUGGGCUGCCUUGAUUUUGCAGUGGAAGUGGAGUUAAGAGAAAAGAUCUUCCAUGGACUGCUGGACGCUCGGGGAUGGGGUGGGGUGGGGUGUUUGUGGGGUAGGGUUGCUGUGAUGCCAACUCACCUUUCGGCCUCCAGGGAUGGGGCGAAGGGGGUAGGGUUGCUGUGAGCCACAGGUGUGUUGUGAGUUUUGCAGUGCGACAGGGGACCCUUAGAUAUGCAGGAUUAGAAAUGGGUCUCGGCCUGUGGAGAGGGAGGGAGGGAGAGAGAAGGGGGCAGCCAGACCCUGCUGGCGGGGGAUUGGUUUUACUGGAGGGGUAGGGGGCCAAGAGGAUUCUCCAGCCCCUGCUGGAAGGGGAGGGGGCCUUGUGGCCCAGCAACACUGCUCCGAGGGGAGGCAUCUGCAGGUCCUGCUUUCUGUGAUAAAUUGUGUGUGGGGGGGUUUGCCUGAUCCCUGAGGUGAGGGGAGAGCUGUGGAGUUUUCCAUCUCAAUUUCUGAAUGUUGCACAGAUGUUGCACAGCUGGGCCAGGCCCAGAUGUGCUGCCAGGGUGUGUAUGUGGAGGAACAAGGAUGCUGGGUUACAGCAAAACCUCCCCCUCCCCACCUGCUUGUAAUGCAAAGGGACCCCCCUCCCCCUCCCUGGUGGGUUGUUGGGGGAGAGAAAACAGGGCCAUUGCUCAUUUGCAUAUGCUGAUAAAUAUACAUACAUAAUAUGUAUGUAUACAUAAAUAAAUAUACAUAAAUAAAUAAAUAAAUGUAGGUCUUUGGUUAUUCGGGUUUUCUCCCGCAUAAAAUUGGAAGUGUCUUGGCGAUGUUUCGACGAAGUCUCAUUCGUCAUCUUCAGGCGUCAGCUUCGUGCUUCUGGGAGCAAUCACACAUUGCUUCGUCGAAACGUCGCCAAGACACUUCCAAUUUUACGCGGGAGAAAACCCGAAUAACCAAACACCUACAUACAAACACCCGCGAAAACCUCAGAAUAUAUAUAUAUAUAUAUAUAUAAUGUGGCUCAUUUCCAAUGGCUGAUCAGAUUUCUUGGCUCCGAGUUAUUUUUGGAGGGGACUAGGGAAGGAAACGGGCAAGCCUGGGGCCCAGCUGGAUGCCCUUGAGGGACCCCACAAGCAACCUCACAAGGCAGACGCAUUCUCCGUCCAUGGACAGCAACGCAGGCUGGGGGAUUCUGGGAACUGAAGCCCACCCAUCUUCAAAUGACCGCAUUUGAAAGACCCUGGUCUAAACUCUACAUGGUAUCGAAUGAAAUGUGCAGUGCAGGCAGUCCUCGUCUUACGACCACCAUUGAGCCCCAAUUUUCGGUGGCUAAGCGAGACAGCAGUUAUAUGAGUUUUACCACCUUUCUUGCCGUGGUUGUAGUUGAGUUAGUCAAAUGGUCGUUAUGUGAAUCCUGCUUCCCCAUUUAACUCUGCUUGUCAGAAGGUCGCACCUGACUCUGGGAAACAGCGACCGUCAUAAAUACGAGUCGGUGGCCAAGCAUCUGAAUUCUGAUUAUGUGACCACGGGGUUGCAGCAACGGUCGCAAGUGUGAAAAACGGUCCUAGGUCAUUUUUUCCUGUGCUGUUGUAACUUCAAACGGUCACUAAAUGAACCAUUGAGGACCGAUCGGAAGCUCCCGGAAUCUUUCUGCCUUUGAAUCAAAUGUGUUAAAUCAGAAAAGAUGCUUCCAGACUCGUUUUUUUGCAAAACCACCAGGCACCCUUGUUCCAAAACGACAAUACAGAUAGUCCUCAACUUACAGCCGUUCAUUUAGUGAACCAUUCAAAGUUACGACGGCAUUGAAAAAAAGCGACAGGAGUGUUUUUCGCUUAGGACCGUUUGCAGCAUCCCUAUGAUCACAGGAUCAAAAUUCCUUGGCAACUGACUCAUAUUUAUGACCGUUGCCGUGUCUUGGGGUCACAUUAUCCCUAUUUGGAGCCUCUUGACAAGCAAAGUCAAUGGGGAAGCUUAAUGACUGUGUCACUAACGUAAUCAACUGCAGUGUUUCACUUAACAACUGUGGCCCAAACAGUCGUAAAAUGAGGCAAAGUUCACUUAACAAAUGUUUCGCUUAGCAACCCAACUUUUUUGGGCUCAAUUGUGGUCGUAAGUCAAGAACUAGCUAUAGAUAAGACAUACAUUUAAAGCAUCAACAAUUACUUCCGUGUGUUUGUCUAUAAAAUAAAAAUUUUUUAUUAAGAACUAGCUAAUUACAAUAUAUAAUAUAAGUCUUCCACCAGGAUAUCCAGUCUGCAUCUUAUUAAGGACUCACAAAAUCUGAUGACUUUAAAUAAACUAUUUUAAUUUUAA